AGAGGCGGUUCCGGGGCAGAGCUGCUGGGGCUAAGCUGAACUGAGAUCCCAAGUCCUACCGUGCACCAGAGCCACAUGGAGCGCCUGUGCGGCUCCGGGGAGCUGGGCUCCAAGUUCUGGGACUCCAACCUGUCUAUAUAUACCAACACUCCGGACCUCACACCCUGUUUCCAGAACUCCUUGUUGGCCUGGGUGCCCUGCAUCUAUCUGUGGGCUGCCUUGCCCUUCUACCUGUUCUACCUGAGGCACCAUCAUCUUGGCUACAUAGUCCUCUCAUGCUUAUCCAGGCUCAAGACGGCCCUCGGUGUUCUGCUGUGGUGUGUCUCAUGGGUGGACCUGUUCUACUCCUUCCAUGGCCUGAUCCACGGCUCAUCCCCUGCUCCUGUCUUCUUUGUCACACCCUUGGUGGUGGGGAUCACCAUGCUGCUGGCCACAUUGCUAAUCCAGUAUGAGCGGCUUCGGGGGGUGCAGUCUUCAGGAGUACUCAUCGUAUUCUGGCUCCUGUGCGUGAUCUGUGCCAUCAUCCCCUUCCGUUCCAAGAUCCUCUCAGUUAUGGCCGAGGGUAAAAUCUCGGAUCCAUUCCGAUUCACCACUUUCUAUGUCUACUUCGCCCUGGUGCUCUGUGCCUUCAUCCUGUCCUGCUUCAAAGAGAAGCCGCCUCUGUUCUCCCCGGAGAAUCUUGACACUAAUCCUUGCCCAGAGACCACCGCUGGCUUCUUCUCCCGCUUGUCUUUCUGGUGGUUCACAAAGCUUGCCAUCCUUGGCUACCGACGUCCCCUGGAGGACCGUGACCUCUGGUCUCUGUCUGAGGAGGACUGCUCUCAUAAGAUAGUUCAACGGCUGCUGGAAGCAUGGCAAAAACAGCAGAACCAAGCAUCAGGGCCCCAGACUACAGCAGUUGAGCCAAAGAUCCCAGGUGAGGAUGAGGUCCUACUGAAACACCGACCCAAGUCUAAGAAGCCUUCCUUUCUGAUGGCUUUGGUGAGAACCUUCACCUCCAGCUUGCUCAUGGGUGUCUGCUUCAAUCUGAUCCAGGACCUGCUCUCCUUCAUCAACCCACAGCUGCUCAGCAUACUCAUCAGAUUUAUUUCUGACCCCACGGCCCCCACCUGGUGGGGUUUCUUGCUGGCCGGGCUGAUGUUCGUGAGCUCCACCAUGCAGACGUUGAUCUUACACCAAUAUUACCACUGCAUCUUUGUGAUGGCCUUGAGGCUACGGACUGCUAUCAUAGGUGUCGUCUACAGGAAGGCUCUGGUCAUCACCAACUCAGUCAAACGUAAGUCCACUGUGGGAGAAAUGGUCAACCUCAUGUCAGUGGAUGCCCAGCGCUUCAUGGAUGUCUACCCCUUCAUCAACCUGCUGUGGUCUGCACCUUUGCAGGUCAUUCUGGCAAUAUACUUCCUUUGGCAGAUCCUGGGUCCAUCAGUCCUGGCUGGAGUGGCUGUGAUAGUCUUGCUGAUACCACUCAAUGGAGCUGUGUCCAUGAAGAUGAAGACCUACCAGGUACAGCAAAUGAAGUUCAAGGACUCCCGCAUCAAGCUGAUGAACGAGAUCCUGAAUGGCAUCAAAGUGCUGAAGCUGUAUGCUUGGGAGCCCAGCUUCUUGGAGCAGGUAGAAGGUAUCAGGCAGAGUGAACUCCAGCUGCUGCGGAAGGGUGCUUACCUGCAGGCUAUCUCCACCUUCAUCUGGGUCUGCACCCCGUUUCUGGUGACCCUGAUCACCCUCGGAGUGUACAUGUGGGUGGAUGAGAACAAUGUGCUGGAUGCCGAGAAGGCCUUUGUGUCCCUGUCUUUGUUCAACAUCAUAAAGAUCCCCCUCAACAUGCUGCCUCAGUUAAUCAGUGGCCUGACCCAGACCAGCGUGUCUCUGAAACGGAUCCAGGAUUUCCUGAACCAAGAUGAACUUGACCCCCAGUGUGUGGAAAGAAAGACCAUCUCCCCAGGCUACGCCAUCACCAUACACAACGGCACCUUCACCUGGGCCCGGGACCUGCCACCCACCCUGCACAGCCUAAACAUUCAAAUCCCAAAGGGGGCAUUGGUGGCUGUGGUGGGACCUGUAGGCUGCGGGAAGUCUUCUCUGGUGUCUGCCUUACUCGGAGAGAUGGAGAAGCUGGAAGGUGCGGUGUCUGUAAAGGGUUCUGUGGCCUAUGUGCCCCAGCAGGCAUGGAUCCAGAACUGCACACUUCAGGAAAAUGUGCUAUUUGGCCAACCCAUGAACCCCAAGCGCUACCAACAGGCUCUGGAGACAUGUGCCCUGCUAGCUGACCUAGAUGUGCUUCCUGGUGGGGACCAGACAGAGAUUGGAGAGAAGGGCAUUAACCUAUCUGGGGGCCAGCGACAACGAGUGAGUUUGGCCCGAGCUGUUUAUAGUGAUGCCAACAUUUUUUUGCUGGAUGACCCACUGUCGGCUGUGGACUCUCAUGUGGCUAAGCAUAUCUUCGACCAAGUGAUUGGACCCGAAGGUGUGCUGGCAGGCAAGACUCGGGUGCUGGUAACCCAUGGCAUCAGCUUCCUGCCCCAGACGGACUUUAUCAUUGUGCUUGCUAACGGACAGGUGUCUGAGAUGGGCCACUACUCGGCCCUCCUGCAGCAUGACGGCUCCUUUGCCAACUUCCUCCGAAACUAUGCACCAGAUGAAGGCCAGGAGGACCAUGAAGCCUUGCAAAAUGCAAAUGAGGAGGUGCUUCUGCUUGAAGACACACUCAGCACCCACACAGACCUGACGGACAAUGAGCCAGCCAUAUACGAGGUCCGCAAGCAGUUCAUGAGAGAGAUGAGCUCCAUGUCUUCUGAAGGGGAGGGCCAGAACCGGCCUGUGCCCAGGAGACACAUGAAUUCAUUGGAGAAGGAGAUGCCUGUGACAAAGACUAAGGAGACUGGUGCAUUAAUCCAAGAGGAGACCGUGGAGACAGGCAAUGUGAAGCUGAGUGUGUACUGGGAUUAUGCCAAGUCUGUGGGGCUCUGCACCACACUAUCUAUCUGCCUCCUGUAUGCUGGCCAAAACGCGGCUGCUAUCGGAGCCAAUGUGUGGCUCAGUGCCUGGAGCAACGAUGCAGUGGAACACGGUCAGCAGAACAACACCUCUGUGAGGCUAGGUGUCUACGCUGCCCUAGGAAUACUGCAAGGACUCCUGGUCAUGCUCUCAGCCUUCACCAUGGUGGUUGGCGCUAUCCAGGCUGCCCGCGUGCUGCACGCAGCUCUGUUGCACAACAAGAUUCGUUCGCCUCAGUCCUUCUUUGACACGACGCCCUCGGGCCGCAUCCUCAACCGAUUCUCCAAGGACAUAUAUGUCAUCGACGAGGUUCUAGCCCCCACCAUCCUCAUGCUGUUCAAUGCCUUCUUCACAUCCAUCUCCACCAUUGUGGUCAUCGUGGCCAGCACACCACUCUUCAUCGUGGUUGUCCUGCCUCUGGCUGUGCUCUAUGGCUUUGUGCAGCGCUUCUAUGUGGCAACAUCACGGCAGCUAAAGCGUCUGGAAUCCAUCAGCCGCUCGCCCAUCUUCUCCCACUUUUCGGAGACAGUAGCGGGCAGCAGUGUCAUUCGGGCCUAUGGCCGAGUCCAAGACUUCAAGGUCCUCAGUGAUACUAAGGUGGACAACAACCAGAAGAGCAGCUACCCCUACAUCGCCUCCAACCGAUGGCUGGGUGUCCACGUGGAGUUCGUGGGGAACUGCGUGGUGCUCUUUGCCGCACUGUUUGCAGUGAUCGGGAGAAACAACUUGAAUCCGGGGCUUGUGGGUCUUUCUGUGUCCUAUGCCUUACAGGUGACCAUGGCUUUGAACUGGAUGAUACGGAUGAUAUCUGACUUGGAGUCUAAUAUCAUAGCCGUGGAGAGAGUCAAGGAAUACUCUAAGACAGAGACUGAGGCUCCCUGGGUGGUAGAGAACAACCGUGCUCCGGAAGGCUGGCCCACGCGAGGGGUGGUGGAGUUCCGGGACUAUUCAGUUCGGUACCGCCCCGGCCUCGAGUUGGUGCUGAAGAACUUGACUCUGCAUGUGCAGGGUGGGGAGAAGGUAGGCAUUGUGGGUCGCACUGGGGCUGGCAAAUCUUCCAUGACUCUCUGCCUAUUCCGAAUUCUGGAGGCCGCAAAGGGUGAGAUCUUCAUCGAUGGGCUCAAUGUGGCACACAUUGGCCUCCAUGACCUGCGUUCUCAGCUCACCAUCAUCCCUCAGGACCCUAUCCUGUUCUCGGGCACCCUGCGCAUGAACCUAGAUCCCUUUGGCCGUUAUUCAGAGGAGGACAUCUGGAGGGCCCUGGAGCUAGCCCAUCUGAGCACAUUUGUGAGCACUCAGCCAGCAGGCCUGGAUUUCCAGUGCGCCGAGGGUGGGGAUAACCUCAGUGUUGGCCAGAGGCAGCUCGUGUGCCUGGCCCGAGCCCUGCUCCGAAAGAGCCGAGUCCUGGUUUUAGACGAGGCCACUGCUGCCAUUGACCUGGAGACUGAUGACCUCAUCCAGGGCACCAUUCGUACCCAGUUUGAAGACUGCACUGUACUGACCAUCGCCCACCGGCUCAACACAAUCAUGGACUACAACAGGGUCCUGGUCUUGGACAAAGGAGUAGUAGCUGAAUUUGAUUCUCCAGUCAACCUCAUUGCAGCUGGAGGCAUCUUCUAUGGGAUGGCCAAGGAUGCAGGACUCGCCUAGAAUACGCAUUCCAAGGGUUUCUUCCUAGUCUGAAUUGACAGCAAGUAUCUGCAGAGUGGACUUGAUGGCAAUGAGUGGGGACAUUUUGAGUCCUUUUUUUUUUUUUUUUUUUUUUUUUUUAAAUUCUGCAAAUUGCCUCACAGAUUAGCCACACUUAACAGUGGAAUGAGGACGUGAGUUGGAGAUCACACCAGUUCAAAGCCAAGUUCCGACCCGUGCCUGGGUCUCUUGGUUCUAGUCUACCAUUAUUCCAGUACUGCAGUUUUUAAGAGACCUUGUUCCUGUCUCUACAUAUUCACAUUUUCCAAUUCUUUUUUUUUUUUUUUUUCUUUAAAUGAACCUUUCUCUUCCUGGACCAGGAACUGCUAGGUCAGUCUGUCCUGGGAACAGAGUCCCUGUAAUGGUGCUGUCUGAAUCCACUGAUGAAAUAAAGCUGUAGUCAACAGCAUUUGGACCACAUGUUACCUUCUUCUGCCUGUUUGCAAAGUCUGGGGGUCAGAACCUUCGUGAAGAACCAGGGCAUGCCAAGGCCCUCCUAUACUUCUGUGUGGCUGCAGUUAUCCGAAACCUUCAGACCCAAAACCUUUGGCUGUAAAUACCAUCUUCAUAGCCAAAAUUCACAGCAAAAUUACAGUGCUUUCCACUAUACAGACAGGGCAGAUGCCAUGAGAAGGUAGGAAAAUGAAGGUUCUGGAACUUGACCGGAGUGAGACCCGGGCCUCGUGGAAGAGCUGCUGAGCACACUCACCGGGGGCUGGAGUGAAUGUGAGCUCUCCCUCCUGGCUCCGUUAGAUGCCUGUUCACUAGGGAGAUCAUUGGUCUUUCCUUCUUCUCCGGCCAAGCUGGUGAGCAGGAAGGCCAAAAGUAUCCUAAGUCCCUGCCUCCUCAGGCCUGGGAGCCAUUUUGAACAAGACAACAAAAGACUUUUCUGCACAGUCCAUCUGGUCCAAGGACUGCACUUGAGAAGAACCUUUCUGUCACCUCCUCAGCCUUCAAGCUCACCCUCAUCUGUACCCUUACUGUUGGUGAGAAGUGACUGUCUGCAAGUGGUGGCUAUUUUUCUUUCCCCACACUAAGUGCUUGGCAGUCACCAAGGAGAUGGCGCCUUUGAUCUGCUUUUUCUAUAUGCUCCGGAUUGGCCUAUGCUGCAAGACCAUUUGUUAAAGGUUAAUCACUUUUUGGGGGGGUGGGGGCAGGCUAUUUCUGCCCAGGAUGUUUAUGAGUGUAUGGAAGGCGACUUCCAUCCUUCUGAUAGAGCAAGUAUGAGAGCACAAAUGCCCAAAUUAUUCUGCUUCUCCUUGGUGCUAAGAAAAGGUCUCUGCUGUGCUCUGAUUUAUUAGGCCAAUUUGGCAUGACGUCUGCUUUGUGAGGUGCUAGGAGGCCUAAACCAAACAGGAGAUUCAUUCAGCAUCCUUCCCAGCUAAAGACCUGAAGGUGUGAGGCUGUGCUUCCUCUCCUGUCUUGGGAGUUUGCUUCUGAACUCAUUGAGGCCAUGACAGGUGCUGACAGCCCCAAGGGGAGGCUCGGUUUUGUCAAGUAAAUAGGAUAAUCAAAAACUGUGGUUAAUAGGGGAUGGCCUCUAUCUAGCUGGCUCAGCGACUCUGGGGAAACCAAGUGACUGCUGUGAACUGGGAGGGAAGACGUCACACAGAAUCCAUCUCCAGAUGCUACCCACAGGGUGAGACAGCGACACAACAGGGCAUGAGUGCUGCCAGAACAGAGGCAGCAGUGGGGUGGCAGACGCUCAGCUGGGGAGCUGGUCCUCUUUUUCCCCCACAGCGCCAGCCCCAUGGGAUGUCACGACAAUCUGGACCCUCUAUGAUUAGAAGACCAGUACUGUGUACCAGGGCAACAUGAGAGAAAAUGGGCUUGGUCAGUUAACAUUUAAUUUUAAUAAUACCUGUUAUGUUUAAAGAGUCAACAACACACGAGGAAGUCUUCUGUGAAUGUUUACACAGUGUGAACACAUGCUUUAAAUAUGCAGUGGAGGAGGAGAGGUGCAUUCAGUUAACAAAGCUUAAAAGAAAAUCCCUUGUUAUAAAUUACACAACACAUAUAAAAAUAUUUCUCUGAAUGCAUAGAUUAAGACUCAGAACUCACCUCAGAGCAACCAUGCAGUUUCAUCCCACUGCCUGAGACACUGGCCCCAAAGGACUGUAACAAAGGACAGAACACUGGGCAGAGCCAUGUGGAACACCAUGACCUUUGGUCAAUCUGAAGUGCUCGCUUGUUCCUCUGUAGCCCACCUCCCAGCCAGAUCCCACUGCUUCUCAGAAUCUCUAAUCAACUAGGAUGGUUGAAGGAGUCUGAACCCCAGUAAUUUAGACAUGAAUUAAUACUGAGUUUAUUUCUUCUAAGAUGGAGUCACACUUAAUUGAAUUACUAAACUUUUUCAAAGCAAAUUAGGAAAAAAAAAGGUUAGUACAUUUAGAUAAAGUAGUUUCUGAUUGGUUGAAACACAAGGGAGGUUUCUUCAUUAAAGCACUUGGGAACGGGGUGAUGAGCAGCCGCCACUCUGCUAUGCAAACACUCUACAAGGGAAGUCACCAGCCGUACCAGGGGCGGGUACCAUGCAGUCACCCCACAGUGACCCCAUGACACUGGCUUUGAGGAACACGUCAAGCUCAUUUCAGCACUCGGCGGCAGUGGGAGGCCAUUACCUCAGCACAAGGUUCUCUUCCAGUACAUCUGCAUGUUUUCAGUCAACCGCAGUGUUCUAAUAAAAUUAAGUUAAUACCCAGGAAGUUAAGUUUCUUUGGAAACUAUAGGCACUAUGGGGAAAAAGCUUAAGACAGCAGGGAUCCUGUCAGCAGCUGCUCCUGCCCUGCUCUCCUGCUCCUCUGUGGGCCAGGUCCUAUCUAAAGUUCAGCAAAUGGAGGCUUUUCAUCUUUGACGAUGCUGAGGAGGGAAGACUCGAGAAUGAACUCUUGGAGAAGAUUCGUACACCACGCUCCAGAGUCUAAUCAGGCCCUCACAACUGACUGUGGAGGUAAACGGGGAAUUCCUAAGAUUGAACAAUUUGUUUACAAAAGCAACAGAUUUCAGAGUUAUGUAAAAACCCUAAUAAUUUCCAAAAUAACCUUUAUCUUUGAUACAAAAAUAAAGAUGCUAACUCCUUUAGUUCAGUUUCCCACCAUAACCUUUAAAACGGCACCAAACCCAGGCUCCAGAGCUGCUCUUGUCCUGUCCUGGUGGGAGUGAGAGUGGUGGACGCCUGGUUGCUCCAGCAGCGCUUGUGCUCUUCUUGAAUGGCGCAAUUAAACAGGGUGACAGGAGCCGCCUCAGAGCGGGGUGGUGGCUCCUUUAGAAAGCAUUAGAGAGCCCUCUAGUGACUAUGGAGGGGAGGAGAUGCGAAGGUGACUGUAGAGACACCGCAGUCAUGAGUGGUUGUAAAAGAAAACUGGAGGAGGGGAAGCUCUUUUGGUUAACAGCCUAUUUA